AUGUUUCCUACGCGAUGCCGCGUCGAACGUCGCAUAUGUGAAGCCGAGUCGACCCGAGAGGACCGUUACGAGCCGAAAGGAAUCGCUGAAAACGAGAAGACCCCUAUCCCAGCCGAAGCCAUUCGAAAGAAAAAGCUCAUCGGGAAACGCAAGGGAAAUCCUCGUAUUGGCGAAAGGUUCUAUGCAGAGAAUAUAAGAUCAGGGCGCUUGACAUUCAACUUCAAUGAAAAUCUGGGUAUAUUCAAGAAAGGAAAGACAUCGGUGCCGGUUCAUUGUUCUGAUGUCUCAGUUCCGUAUCUAAACUUUUCGGAGACAAAGUUUCUCUCGAAUGAGCCCCAAACGCUACAGAAUGCCAAGGACUCUGCAGAAGAAAUACAGGAGCCGAAGAGAUUAGGAGAAGACGAAUCCAUUGCUUCUCGGUUCAAAAAGCCUUUGCGAAGACCCCAAGAUCCGAAAGACGCUACAUCGUCUCAUAUUUACGAUUCCAAAAUUCUGUCUAGAUGUCGCCCAGACAAGACCCAGAAUGGCCCCGGACAAGGACAACCUCAAGCCAUAGAGGGCAGGGAUCCCUCCCUUGAAAGACCGAGUGUCGGAGACAGAUGCUUCCUUGGAUUGGAUGCGGACUCUUCUCUGUUGGAUACCAGAACUUCGAGGAACACCGAAUUUUCCGUCACUUCGAUUGACGAGAGGCUUUUUGAUUCGUUGGGAAACUGUGACCAGCUGACAAUUCCAUACGAAGAGUACAAGCCGACUUUUAUAAAUGGGUUUCUUUACACACUUGAAGACUUGAAAUGUCUUUGUACCGUGAGAGAGCACCUACGGUCAGGAGCAGAUGUUGAUUAUACCAGAAAUACCACAAAAGCCAAUUUAGAGCGGAUCCUUGGAGCGGAAGAUUCCCUCGGAAACCAUGACAUGCUGUCACUAGCGCCCGAGUUGAUGGAUGUCACAGAAGAGACUCUUUUGGAAUAUCUUUUUGAUAUCGAAAGCCGAUUCACCAAAGAUGCGACCUUCAACUUUCUGGAAUGUGGUACGAACCCUGGAGAACUUGACCCAAGAAUUACUGGCACUUAUCCAGGUCUGAAUACAGAUUCCAACAAGAACGUUCUUGAAAGUGAUUUGGAAAAGUUGCUGCCCUUCACCACCUCGGAUUUGACACAUCCAAACCAGUCCAGGAAAGUUUCCGGGGAGAUUUCUCGCUUAAGAUCCGCUACUCUAAGCGACACCGAAGCCACUAAGCAGGUGGCGGCUAUUGAAUCUUCUUUACUGGAUGGAUCUAGCCUACUGGGCGGAACUUUCCCUAGGAAUAUAGACCAACACCUUUUGCCUAUGUCUUUUAGGGUUCGGGACCAAGCUCACGAUGAACCGGCACCUUUUUGGGCUAUAGAUGUACCGCCGCGGCUAAUUUCUCAAAACGCGCACCUCAAUCAAUCUAGACUUGGAAACGUUCCAGAACGGCGCUUUUGGAGACGCCACAGACUCUAUUAA